ACAGUGACAGUUCACAGCUGACGAAUUUACAGCUAUUCUUAUUGAAUCUAUAGAGGGCCUAUUUUAUCAUCAUAAAUUUCUCACAAUAAAAAAUAACUUUAUAAGCCGAAAAUUGCUUUAUUAUACUAUAUGAUCGCUUUUGAAAACGCGUGAUCAUAGCAUGUUUUCGCUGUAUGAAUAAAAACUGAAUAUCUGUGUACUAAAAACAAAACAAAAAUAAUUAUUACUCAUUACGUCAAAAAAAUACCACAUUUUUUUCAUAAAAAACGUUAAGUGUGUGAAAUUUCAGUAUUUGUUUGUUUUCGUAUUAUAUGUCUACAUAUAUCUUGAUUUUUUUUUCAUUAUUAUAUCAAAAAUGGGUGUUGAAGAAUCACAAAUUAAGAAAAUUGGGGAUGUGUUGAACAACAAGGAUCUUCCUCUUAAAAAAAGAUUUCGUGCUUUGUUUACUCUUAAGAAUUUAGGGGGAAAUGUUGCAAUCGACUGUAUCGCUGAGUGUUUUAAAGAUGACUCAGCGUUGUUAAAGCAUGAGCUUGCAUACUGUCUUGGACAAAUGCAAGAUAAAAGUGCAAUACCAAUUUUGACCAAAAUUUUGGAAGAUGUAAAACAAGAGCCUAUGGUUAGACACGAAGCCGGUGAGGCAUUAGGUGCUAUUGGAACAGAUGAAGUCAUUCCAAUUUUAACAAAAUAUUUAGAAGAUGAGUGCACUGAGGUACGCGAAACAUGUGAAAUAGCUUUAGAUCGCGUGAAGUAUUUGAAAAGUAUACCUUCGGAUUCUUUAAAAGAUAAUAAUCCAUAUAAAUCUGUAGAUCCAUCACCCCCAGCACAAACACAAAAUAUAGCAGAACUAAAAAAACUGUAUAUUUCCAAAAACGAAAGUUUAUUCAACAGGUACAGAGCUAUGUUUAGUUUAAGAAAUUUGAACACUGAAGAAAGCGCUCUCGCUAUAGCUGAAGGUUUAAACGACCCAAGUGCUUUGUUUAGACAUGAAGUAGCUUUCGUUUUAGGACAAGUACAGAAAGAGUGUACAAUACCGCAUUUACGAAAGAAUCUUGAAAAUCCUAAAGAAAACGAGAUGGUCAGACAUGAAUGUGCUGAAGCUUUGGGUGCUAUUGCAACUGAAGAUUGCAUAAAUAUUCUAAACAGAUAUUUAAAAGAUAAUCAAAGAGUUGUUAAAGAAAGUUGUGAGAUAGCUUUAGAUAUGUGCGAGUACGAAAAUAGUCCAGAAUUUCAAUACGCAAAUGCUCUAACAUAAACAAUGUAUAUUGUUUUAAGAAACGGAAAAAACAUUGAUGCAAAUUAAAAAAAAUGUAAAAGUUACGCUGUAAAUAAAGAUUACAUACAAAUUUA